UGUUUUGCUACCAUGGAAAUAUCCAGUUCCACCAUCGAAGCUUUUAAGGAACUGGUUUCGGGCACGUAGUCGACAACCAGCGAGCGCCCGCACAUCGUAGCGAAUCCACUCUCGUCUUGGAGGCUCGCAUGCUCCGUUGCUGUCCCUCACGGAAAAUCAAGAAUCCCCUCGAUCUUGGCCACACCCAGCUGCGGUAAAAGAUUCGAUCCCGCGCCUCCACUAGCCUUUCCGGGCUUUUCUUGAGGCCACCCAAUUGCCUCCAAGAACCCGUGUUCCGAUUCUCUUUCCGACCACCCCCUUUUGGGUUUCUCCGGAGACGGGCCUACGUUCUUGCACCCGGAAGGUCGCUGACGUUCUGUGUUUCUUGCUGCUGUUCUGUCUGGUUUGAUUGAUCCUGCCUAAGCACCGGCUUUCAUCUGCAACUUACUGGGGGACAUAUACGUCAGCUUCACGCAUGGCUCAAGAUAAUUCACCAAGUGCCGAUUCACCUCGCCGGCGUUCUGGCCUCUUGCGGGAUCAGGUCCAGAUAGUUAAGAGAAAGGACUCUGAUCGCUUCGAGAUCAUUCCGAUCCAGGAAUCACUUUCAUAUGAGAAGGGUUUUUACAUAUUUAUUCGGGCGUGUCAAUUGUUGGCCCAAAAGAAUGAUGGGUUAAUAUUAGUUGGAGUAGCCGGUCCUUCUGGAGCUGGCAAGACCGUGUUCACUGAGAAGGUGCUGAGCUUUAUGCCCAGCAUUGCUGUCAUAACAAUGGAUAAUUACAAUGACUCCAGCCGUAUAAUCGAUGGCAAUUUCGAUGAUCCUCGCUUGACGGACUAUGACACAUUGCUUGAGAAUAUUCACGGUUUAAAGGCCGGGAAGCCUGUUCAGGUUCCUAUGUAUGAUUUCAAGUCCAGCUCUCGUAUAGGCUACAGGACUAUUGAAGUUCCCAGUUCUCGCAUUGUGAUUAUAGAAGGGAUUUACGCCCUGAGUGAAAAAUUGCGGCCUUUGCUUGAUCUUCGCGUCUCUGUGACUGGAGGGGUUCAUUUUGAUCUUGUCAAACGAGUUCUAAGGGAUAUCCAACGUGCUGAUCAAGAACCUGAAGAAAUCAUUCAGCAGAUAUCUGAAACGGUGUACCCAAUGUACAAGGCUUUCAUUGAGCCUGAUCUUCAGACUGCGCAUAUAAAAAUAAUCAACAAAUUUAAUCCUUUCUCUGGAUUUCAGAAUCCCAUUUAUAUUCUCAAAUCAACAAGGACAGUAACAGAGGACGAAAUCAAGGCUGUUUUCCCUGGAAAAUAUUCAGAGAGUAUCGAGGAAACUUAUGAUAUAUACCUUCUACCGCCCGGUGAAGAUCCAGAAGCUUGCCAAUCAUAUCUCAGGAUGCGAAAUAGGGAUGGCAAAUACAAUCUCAUGUUUGAGGAAUGGGUUACAGAUAGUCCAUUCAUUAUAUCUCCAAGAAUAACUUUUGAAGUUAGCGUGCGCCUGCUAGGAGGAUUGAUGGCCCUCGGCUACACAAUCGCAUCCAUUCUGAAAAGAAGCAGCCAUGUCUUCUCUGAUGAGAGGGCGUCUGUGAAAACUGAUUGGCUGGAACAGCUUAAUCGCAAGUAUGUUCAGGUACAAGGACGUGACCGUAUGUAUGUCAAACAUGUUGCAGAGCAGCUGGGUUUGGAUGGUUCAUAUGUUCCUCGCACCUACAUAGAACAGAUUCAGUUGGAGAAGCUUGUAAAUGAUGUUAUGGCAUUGCCGGACGAUUUGAAGACAAAGCUUAGCCUAGAUGAUGAUCUUGUUUCCAGCCCUAAGGAGGCACUUUCCCGGGCUUCUGCAGAUAGGAGGAUGAAAUAUCUUAACCGCGGGAUAUCUCAGUCUUUCUCCAAUCAGAAAGAGAAGAACUUAUCAAAGUUGACCAGACUCGCCAUCAAUGAUAGAAGGUUUGAUGGAAGAACUUUAGAAUCGCCUGCAAUUGCAAACCAGGGAGUCAUCACUCAACUAUCCGAGCAAAUAUCCACGCUCAAUGAAAGGAUGGAUGAAUUUACAACUCGUAUCGAAGAGCUCAAUUCCAAGUUCAACACCAGAAGAGUUUCAGCUAGUCAACAGAACUUAGGACCGCAGGCCGAAGCCUGCAAUGGAUCUGGACCCACAUCUCUUUUUAUAACUGGCUUAGGAAAUGGGUCUUUGACUGGUUCUUUGAUGCCCCAUUCUUCAUCCUCUUCCCAAUUAGCUAAGGACUCUCCACUUGUGGAAGAGAUACUAGUCAUUGCCCGAUCACAACGCCAAAUCAUGCACCAGCUAGACAAUCUGAGCAAUCUUCUACAUGAGUAUUGUGGGGAGCGGACGCGUCAAGCAAGAAAAAAUGACGUAACCACGAUGACUGACGUCGUCACUGUCCCUAUUGUACUGACUCUAGCUUUCGGUGGCUUAGGUCUGAUUCUGUUCAAGACCCUGACCACCCAAAGGUGAUUCCUCCGCUAGAUCCUUUUCUGCAUUAUUACAACAAAAGACCACUACCCUUCUUAUUUCCUAUAUGUAUAUUUUUAAUCUGCAUUUUGAGGAAGGCCACCAAUAAUCACCAUACGGGCAUGUCCCGGGUGGUUGUCAACUGUAUAUUGUAGCUUUUCAGCCUCAUCUAUGAUACAGAGGCUUCUUGACUAUUAUGAUAUCAUAUAGCAAAGUAAGCAGCGAAGUCCUGCAAGUUUAAAAA